AAUUAAAUCUCCGUCAUACAUUUUUGCCGUCCCAAACAACAUCUCAACACCUUCACACGCCACACUCUGUCAAGCACACAACAGGGCCGUAUCUAUCUAUUCAUCACGUCUUAAGACCAAUUCUUCUUUCUCUUGCAAAUCAAAAUGUCUCGCGGCGGCACUACUUUAUAUGUCACAGGCUUCAGCCACGGCACCCGCGCCCGCGACCUCGCCUACGAAUUCGAACGGUAUGUCAACCACGCCACGCCCACGCCUUCGUCCUCGUCGUCCUCGUCCUCGCCCUCGUCCGCGCCUCGUCUUGUACCGCAAUGAGGAAUCCUUUCGGUCGACAGAUUUGAUACCACGUCGAUGUCGAUGCCCUCGCAGCCCUACCCCCCCGCUGACGCCUGAACCUACCUCUCCCUUUUUCCUGCCGCGUCGGCCAAUGCGUUUCAUCCAUCAUCUCGAGGUUGUUCUCUGUUUAGACGGAUAUUUGGAUUGCACCGUCUUUCGCAUGUGCAAAUAGUCAAUAUACGGGCGCCUGGUUCGCUGCGACAUCCCUGCGCCGCGAUCGACUUCCAGUCGACUGUUCGCUUUCGUGGAGUAUGAGGAUCGGCG